UCCCCUGGGCCUCCCUCCACACCAAAACAAAUCUCCUUCCUCUUCCUCUUCCUCCCCCUCUCCUUCCCUUCCACCGUUCCUCCUCCGCCGGCGCCGCACCCUCGAAUUCCGCCAUGCCGAAGGGCGCCAAGAAGCGCGCGAAGCUCAAGAAGAAGCAGCAGGGGGGCCACCCUGCCGGCUCCGACGGCGGCGCCCACGCCAACAACAACAAGGAGGGAAGCAAUAACUCGAGCCACGGCGACGCCGCCAGCGAUGGCAACCACCUACCAAUCCCACUUAACAUUCCGCACGUGGACGCGAGCGAGGAUUCGAUGGAGAGCUCCGAGGAGAUGGUGACGCCGAGGGCCGGCGCGGACGAGGAGGAGAAGAAGGGGGCCGCGUCGGAGGUCCCGGUCGAGGUCGUUGAGGCGGACGUCACGGCCGAGGAGGUCAUGGUUGAUGCGUUGCCGCCUGAAGCCGCUGAGCGGGAGCAAGAGGGUAAGGGGGAUUUGGGGGCGGAGGCGCAUGCAGUGGUGCAGGAACCGGAGCCAGAGGCGAAGAGCGAGGAGGCAGUGGUCCAAGAGACGGCCAAGGUGCAUCCGGCGCAUGAACCAGAGACGACGGCCGAGGAGGUGGUGGUCAGGGAGACGGCCACGGCAUCUGUGGUGCAGAAACCUGAGGCAAAGGGUGAGGUGUCACGGUCUCGUGAGGCAGAUGGUGCACAGACUACAGAGGUGGUGCGAGGACCUGCGGUGGCUGUGGCUGCUGCGCAGCAUCGGGCAAAAUGGUGGGAUUGCUGUGGGGUCUUUGAUGCCGUUGCUGGUUCAGAGAGAUAGAUGGAGGUACAUGAUUGGAACUUGAAAGUAAGAAGACAGAAGAUGCAAAGUUGUGCAAAGCUGAUGGGUAAAUGUAACUAGACUUGUUGAGUGGUCACACAAAUGGUGAAGUUGAAGGAUUUUGCAUGACAUCGAGCUGAUGUUUCUCUCCGCCUGUGUUUCCGUGUCUUGCUGUGCAAAGUUACACCGUAUUGGUUGUGGUUAAUAUUCCUGGGCGUAGUAUUGUGAAUACUGCCCCUUGUCCAGUAUCUUCUAGGUUCUCCUGUCCUUGUAGCAUAUGAGUUCAAGUGGGUCAACAGUGAAAAUUUUGCUCUUUAUUUUUUUAUACUUAUUAUUUUGGGAGGUGUCAUCUGAUAUGUCCCUUUUCAUGUCUGUGUCACAAUUGAAGAUGUUCAUUGUCGUGGGUUUUAGUAGUUCGUAGCAUAUCAGACUGCUCAUUGCGUGAAAUAAAAAAAAUCCUGAUAUGUGUGGGUUA